AUGACAGAUAUUGAUAUUCCAUAUCAAUUUGCUAAUUGUACCUAUUUUAAAUACCCACAUGAUUUGAAAUAUAGAGACUGUUCAAUAUCAUUAGAUAUGACACCGUGUGAAUCAUUAAAAUGGAUUCAUUUGGCAAAAAAUUUUAGAACUUAUUUUUUAGCAAUUAUUCCCUUUUUUAUAUCCAUAUUUGCUAUUAUAAUUAAUUUAUAUUUGGUUUUUUGUUUAAUUAAUCAUUGGAAAAAAUGUACUUCUGAUAAUGGAAAUGAAUAUGCUUCUAGUAAAAAGAAACAAUUAAUUUUUUUAAUUAAUAAAACAAUCACAUCUAUUGUUGCAUUAAUAACAUUUUAUAUUGUUUUAUUAGUAUGGAAAUUUGGUUCAUUACAAUAUUCUAGUGCUAGUUUAUUUAUUAUUGUUGGUUCUUUAAGUUUUAUUACAUUAAUAGGUUUCUAUUUUGCUACAACACUCUUAUUAUAUUUGGCAAUUGUGAAACCUGUUUACUAUAGAACAGUUGUUACUACUAGAAAAUGUUAUAUUGUUGUUGGAAUUAUAUGGGUUGCUGCAUUUUCAUUUUCUAUAUUAAUUGGAAUAUUGGGAGCAACACUUUUUUAUCAUGAUACGUCACCCAUUUCAUGUCAAUUUAAAACAUGUCAAGAUCCUAUAGCUAUAUCAUUAACAAUAUUUCUUGGUAUACUUUAUAUUUUUGUAAUAUUUGAAUAUAUUGUAAUGUUAUAUAAGAUGCAUAAAUAUACAAAAAAGAAUAGUAAAUUAACAGAAGUUAUCCAAAAUAAUUCACCAUCAUUUUUAAAUAAAGAAAAUAUAAAUGAUAAAGAAAGAAAAUCUUCAUCAUCAUCAAUGUCAAAUAAUAUUAUAGCAAUGAAUCGUCUUUCUAUUAACUUAUGUAUUUUUGCCUUAUCUAAACUUCCUUUUUUAAUUUUGGCAAUAGUAACAACAGUAAAUUUAUAUCAUUUAUCAUCACUUGGUGAAUUGACAAAAACACCAUGUAAAACGUUUCAUUUUGGUAAGAUAUAUUUUGAAGUUGAAGCAUUAGCAUCUUCAGCAGCAAUAAUAUGGAUAGUUGGAAUGAUUUGUGAUCCGAUUAUUGUUUUAUCAACAGAUAAAGGAUUGAAAAAAGAACAUAAGAAAUACUUUAAUUAUCUUAAAUGCAAAAAGUUUGACUGGAAACCAUUACCAUGUUUAAUUAAUAAGAUGUAA